AAUUGAUUUUCCGUGUUGAUUUUCCUCUCCUUCAGGUAUACGCAUUCAUGGAUGGUUAAAUUGAGCAAAAGUAAGAACGCGCUUGUACGAUUGUAGCCUUGUAGUCACAACCAAACAUGUCAUUUGAGACUCCAGAGAAAUUAAUCUUUCAAACUGAAUGGCACGAUCGAGUCGCAUCAACAUUAAAACAGUUUUAUUUGCAUUUUUUUCCGUCAGACAGCAGUGUUGAACUUAUCGACUUUAAUACAAAAAAAACAUUUUUGAGACGGUCAAAAUGUGAUGGAGUGGUGAUUAAAAACUUACACAUAGGAGCUACUUUUACCAUCUUUUCUCGAAGUUUGAAAAUUGUAGGUUUUGCAGACAACAACACAAAACAUAUAAUGUCGGUUAUGUUGCUCAAAACCAUUAUUUUACUUAGUACAGACGUAACUAAGUAUCUAGGAGAAAUUUUACAAAUAAUAUCGGAUCAUAACUUUAGUAUACAUAAUAUCAAAAUGGUCAAAGUCAGUCAUGGGGAAGCCAUGAAAAUAUUCCAGUUAGCUGACGAUCAGAUGAACUCGAAAUGGGUGACAUGUGGUCCAAUAGUAGCCUUGGAACUCAUGAGCAAAGGAGAUGAGUCCAAGCAGAAUGUAUUGUUAUCAGCAUUAGAAAAAUACAAUUUCAAUAAUAUUCAUGUGUUACAGAAUGAUAUAUCGCAUUAUGUACUGUCUUCUAAAAGAAUGAUAGUAUACAGCCUCAAAAAUUCAGCUGUAUGUAAAAAUUGCACUUGUUGUAUUAUUAAGCCUCAUGCUGUUCAAGCUGGACUGAUAGCACCAAUAAUUAAUGACAUACAGAAAGCUAAUUUCAAUAUAUCAGCAGUGCAAAAUUUUUAUGUUGAUUUUAAUGAUGCUCAAGAAUUUCUUGAAGUGUAUAAAAGCAUACUUCCUGAUUAUGCAGCAAUGGUUAGUGAACUGCAAUCUGGGCCUUGUAUAGCAAUGGAAAUAACUCAUAAUGAUAAAAAUGUUGAUGUUGUUCAAGAAUUCAGAAAACUGUGUGGACCAAUGGAUCCUGAAAUGGCACGACAGUUGCGUUCUAAAACGUUGAGAGCCAAGUAUGGUAAAUCUAAAGUGCAAAAUGCUGUACAUUGUUCCGAUCUUUCUCAAGAUGGACUGCUAGAGGUAGCGUAUUUUUUUAAGAUUCUGGAUGGAAAAUAACAUUCACAUCAAAAUCAGUCCAUGGUAUUUAAUUUUGAAUAGUAGAAAUUUAAUGCGUGAUAUCUCACCAUAACAAAAGAUAUAACACACUUUUGAAUAUUUGGUUGUGUAUGA